GACACACACACACACUGACAGACGGACCGAACCUGCAGACACAAACCAGCACAACUUCCACUGAGAGAGGACAGGAGGAGGAGGGAAUACUGGGAGUACUUGUUAUACUGGGAUACUGGGAAUACCAACACUUCAACCUGCUGCUGAAUCCACAAACUGAACGAGAGUUUGAAAGAAAAACAAUCAAAGUGAAAGUAACUCUGAGGGACGGGGAGUGGCUUCCUGUUUUUUUCUGCUGCGUGUUUUGACUCUGAGAUAAAAUGGCGUCUAAGUUUGAGGAAGAUCUGACCUGUCCGAUCUGCCUCGACAUCUUUAAAGAUCCAGUGAUGCUGUCCUGCAGCCACAGCUUCUGUAGAGAGUGUGUGAAGGACUGCUGGAAGGAGAAGGAGAACCAGGAGUGUCCACUCUGUGAGAGGAGAAACUCAAAGGAAUUAUUACCUCCUGUCUUUGCUUUAAAGAACCUGAGUGAGAGUUUUGUGCAGGAGAGAGAUCAGAGAGCUUCAGAGGAUCUCUGCAGUCUGCACUCUGAGAAACUCAAACUCUUCUGUCUGGACCAUCAGGAGCCGGUGUGUGUCAUCUGCAGAGAUUCAAAACAACACACCAACCACAGAUUCAGACCCAUCGAUGAAGCUGCUGAAGAACACAAGAAGAAACUUCAGGAAACUCUGGAGCCGGUAAAGAAGAAGUUAAAUGUUUUUAAAGAUGUUAAAGUGAAGUUUGAUCAAACAGCAGAACACAUUCAGGUCCAGGCCCGACACACAGAGAGGCAGAUUAAGGAGCAGUUUAAGAAGCUUCACCAGUUUCUAGAAGAGGAAGAGGAGGCCAGGCUGUGUGCACUGAGGGAGGAAGAGGAGCAGAAGAGUCAGAGGAUGAAGGAGGAGAUGGAGGCUCUGAGCACAGAGAUAGCAGCUCUUUCACACACAGUCAGAGACACAGAGGACGAGCUGAGAGCUGAAGACGUCUCAUUCCUGAAAAACUACAAGGCUGCAGUGGAAAGAGUCCAGCAGCGCCCCCUGCUGGAGGAUCCACAGCUGCCCUCAGGAGCUCUGAUAGACCAGGCCAAACACCUGGGCAACCUGAGCUUCAACAUCUGGAACAAGAUGAAGGACAUGGUCUCCUACAGUCCGGUCAUUCUGGACCCAAACACUGCUCAUCCAGACCUCAUCCUGUCUGAAGAUCUGACCUGUGUGACACGAGGAGAGAGCCAGCAGCUUCCUGAUAAUCCAGAGAGGUUUGAUUCUUACAGCUCUGUCCUGGGCUCUGAGGGCUUUAACUCAGGGACUCACAGCUGGGACGUCCAGGUUGGAAACAGUACAUUCUGGGGACUGGGCGUGGUAACAGAGUCUGGACAGAGGAAGGGAGGCAUACGGUCUGGACGUUGGUCAAUAUGGUUCAUUGGUGGUAAAUACAAAGCACGCUCCCCAUCACAUCCAGUCGCUGUUCUCUCAGUGAAGAAGAAUCCUCAGAGGAUCAGAGUGAAUCUGGACUGUAACAGAGGAGAGCUGUCGUUCUCUGAUCCUGAUACUAACACACACAUACACACACACACACACACUUUCACUGAGAGGAUGUUUCCAUUCAUUAACACUGUGGAUGAACUCCCACUGAAGAUUUUACCAGAGAAGAUCUAUGUUGAUUAUGAUGAUGAUGUGAUGAUGAAGAUGAUGAAGAUGAUGGUGAUGUUGAUGAUGAUGAAGAUGAUGUGAUAUGAUGAUGAAGAUGAUGGUGAUGUGAUGAUGAUGUUGAUGAUGAUGAUGGUGGUGAUGAAGAUGUUGAUGAUGGUGAUGAAGGUGAUGGUGAUGAAGAUGAUGAUGAUGAUGAUGAUGAUGGUGAAGAUGAUGAUGAAGAUGAAGGUGAUGGUGAAGAUGAUGAUGAUGAUGAUGGUGGUGGUGAUGAAGAUGUUGAUGGUGGUGAUGGUGAUGAAGAUGAUGAUGAUGAUGAUGAAGGUGAUGGUGAAGAUGAUGAUGAUGAUGAAGGUGAUGAUGUUGAUGAUGAAGAUGAUGAUGAAGAUGUUGAUGAUGAAGGUGAUGAUGUUGAUGAUGAUGAUGAUGUUGAUGAUGAAGGUGAUGAUGAUGAUGAUGUUGAUGUUGAUGAUGAAGGUGAUGAUGAUGAUGAUGAUGAUGAUGUUGAUGUUGAUGAUGAUGAAGGUGAUCAGAAUCUUCGUCUCUGAAGGUCGUCACUUUUUUAAUUUUUUAUAUUCAGGUCUAAUUACAGAUUUUUUUUCCUGAACUGUUUAUAGGUUUUUGUUUAAAUGUCACAUAUAUUUUCAUCCCUGUACGGGUUACGUACACUUCUUGUAUAUGUCUAUUUUUAAUUGCACAGUUUAAGUUUGAUUCAUCUAGGGGUAUUCUUUAAAUCUUUUUUUCGGUUUUGUGGUUUAAUUUGUAACAAAUGUCAGCUGUUCUGUGUUUGAGUCAUCCUGGAGCUUCAUUCUGUAAUGGUACGGCUCCGUGGGUUUGUUAUCAUGUUUGAAAUGUCAAAUAUAAGACCUGAAGACUGUCCAUAUUUCUUUACCAUCUUCAUGUUCAGAGGAUGAAACCUCCUCUGAAGUCUGAACGCUUUACGUUCUUUAGAACAACAAAGAAUUCAAAUAUCUGGUUAGUGUGAAUCCUGUUCCACCUGUAAUCAUCAAUAAAGUUUCUACACUUGAUCUGAA